AUGCUGAUAUCCUGCCUUGGACUUUGGGGUCUCAUCACAUUUGCCGCGCAACGACGAGUAAAAGAAAUUGGUGUGAGGAAAGUAUUAGGAGCAUCUGUACCAGCCAUUGUUACGAUGCUGGCUAAAGACUUUGUCAUUCUUCAGAAAAAGGAUCGCCUGUAUCGCAUCAGGCAGGACCGGUAUGAUAAUGGAAAACUCAGUACACAAUGGGCUGCCGGAGCGUAUGCGAUUGGGAACAGUUUCAAAGACGCGAUCCCCGAAAUCGAGGAGUAUGUGAAAGUGAUACCUAACGGACAGGUCGUCGCUACCGUACAGAAUCAACCGGUCAAAAUCAAAGAGUUUGCAGCCUCAUUGUUUCUUCUUGUUGGCACAAUGGUCGUGUACAAGCAGAUGGAGUUUAUGCGUAAACAAUCUUUAGGUAUUGAUAUCGAUCAGACGCUGGUUGCUUCACCUCCUAUCGUUGGUAUCGAUUCAACCUAUUUGCAAAAGAUCGCUUCUUUCAAGGAAUCGUUGAAGCGACUAUCAUCAGUGACGGCUGUUAGCGUGUCGAGCAGUAUACCUGGCGAGGCAGUUGGUUGGAAUGCCGGUGGUAUCAAAAUGGUAGGAACCGAUGAAUCGACUCAAAAGCAGUAUCGUGUCAUCGGUGUUGAUUAUGAUUAUUUGGGAAUGUAUGGCAUGAAGAUCAUUGCGGGUCGUCCAUUUUCAGAAAGUUUCGGGAGUGAUGCGGAAGCAGUCAUUUUUAACCGGAAGGGUGUGGAGCAGUUAGGACUUAGUGGGCCAGCAGAAGCGGUAGGAAAGAAGAUCGACUUUUGGGGAAAACAAUAUACUAUUGCCGGCGUCGCGGAGAAUUUCCACCAGCAAUCACUACGGGAAUCAUUUGAGCCACUUAUCUUCCGAUUAAUACCGGAUGUAAGGGGCAAGAAGCGAGAAAAGAGCGAAGGAGGUGGGCAUCCGCAAGGUGGUUGGCGCCCAACGAAAGUCACUGAUCGGCCAGUUUAUUGGUGA